AUGGAUCGAGAGCAAGAGGAGAUGCAGUUUCUGGGUUUCUUUGGCAUCAUCAAGGAGUCCAUCAAGAUCAUCUUCACAUGGCGGAAGAUCUUCAGCCAAAUCACACUAGCCCUCAUCCUCCCUCUUUCCUUCAUCUUCUUAGCUCACAUCGAGAUUUCCGACUUGCUCUUCGGAAAGAUCGGCCACGACGAGCACGAACUUGAACAUGCCAAAGCCGACUCUCCCAAAUACAAUAAGCUCUCCGACCACGUGACUACGGACAUAAUCGAGCUCUGGCUCUUUAGGGUCGUCUACUUCGUGCUGUAUUUUAUCUUCUCUCUUCUUUCCACGUCCGCAGUCGUGUACACGAUCGCGUGCGUGUACACCUCAAAACCAAUCGCUUUCGGGAGUGUGAUGAGCGUCGUCCCGAAGGUGUGGAAGAGGCUCAUGAUCACAUUCUUAUGGAGUUUUCUUGCCGUCUUCGCCUACAACGUCGUGACUUUUCUGGUCUUCUAUCUCUUGGUUGUUCUUAUCGACUCUGCAGUCAUUGUAAUUGCCCUAUUUUUCAUCCUCCUCAUCUUAUAUUUCUCUGGGUUAGCGUAUAUCACUGUCAUUUGGCACUUGGCUGGUGUGAUUUCAGUGCUAGAGGACAUCUAUGGUAUUCAGGCCAUGUUCAAGAGCAAGAACCUGAUCAAGGGCAAACUGGGGGUCUCAAUAGCUAUCAUCCUCUUGCUACCGAUCGGGUCCGCGGUGAUCCAAACAGUGUUCAACAUCUUUGUGGCCUAUGGAUCUGGAUCAGGGUUUGUAAGGUUAGGGGCCGCGAUUCUGUGUUUCCUGCUUCUGCUCAAGUUGAUCCUCUUCGGCCUCGUCGUGCAAACCGUGAUCUACUUCGUGUGCAAGUCGUACCACCACGAGAACAUCAACAAGUCGGCCCUCGCGGAUCAUCUCGAGGUCUAUCUUUUGGCCGAAUACGUCCCUCUCAAAUCUCAGGACUUACAACUAGAACGAGUCGACGUAUAA